CUUUCUUUCUCAUGCUUUUAGUAAAUAUUUUACCUGUAUUAUUAGGUUCACAACUCCUAAUACACAUGACUGAUGUUUUUUUUGGGUGAUUUUAGAUUGAUGGCAGCAUGGGUUAAUUUCUAUUUUUUUUCCCAUCUAAUUUCUUAUAUGGUACACGCACUAUAAAUUUGUGUUCCUUUAAGGCCUCAACCAAAUAUUCAACGUUGAACCACUUAUCAGCCUAGCUCGACCCGUAAAAUCCGGUCACUUCGUUUUUGUUCAAAAACGCACUCUGCUGCUCACCUUCACGCCAAAAUCCAAAACAGAAAAACACUUGCACACCAACUGUUUGACAAAAAGCCUAAGAGAAGAAAAAAGAGAGCAAGCUUCAAAAAUUUUCAAUACCUCUCUUUCAUAGAACAAAUCACUUCUCCUUCAAUUAAAAGCAAAGGAGCUUUUUUUCAAUUGGAUACAUUGCAAUUGUAAGUCAAUCAUGCCCAAUUUAGCGUCUUCUGUUUCUAGGGAAACUAAAUCCAUUAAAAUUCUAUGUGCAGUUGUAUUAAAGGGUAAUUGGAACCAAUUUUUAAAACCCCAAAUUGGUUCUAAUUUGAGUUCAGUAAAAGUUGAGAAAAUAUUAUCACAUCUUUCAUUAGAUUAUUAUGAUUCAUGGGUAUUUUAUGAAUGGGUUGAAAAGAUUCCUGGGUAUAAGCAUUCCCUUGAAUUUACUUGGUCUAUGAUUCAUUUGCUGACAAAACACAACCAUUUUAGAAUUGCACAGAAUUUGCUUCAGAAAAUUGCUCUUAAGAAUUAUUUAUCAUCCCCCACUGUUCUGCAUGCCCUUGUGGGUGCCCAACAUGAACCGGGUUCGAGUUCGCAAAUUUUGAGUUGGUUAGUGAUAUAUUAUGCUGAUUCUAAGAUGACCCAGGAUGCUAUUCAAGUGUUUGAGUACAUGAAAAUUGAUAGGAUUAAACCUCAUUUACAUGCUUGUACUGUACUUUUGAGUUCUUUAGUGAAGUUGGGGUUGACUGCUACCAUGUGGAAAAUGUACAAUAAAAUGUUGAAACUUGGGAUUGAUCCUAAUAUUCAUGUGUAUAAUGUGUUGCUUCAUGGUUGUUGCAAGUCUAAGGAUGUGGAAAAGGCGGAACAAUUGUUGCAUGAGUUGGAAUUGAAGUGUAUAUUGCCUGAUCUUUUCACCUAUAAUACACUGAUUUCUUUGUAUGUGAAGAAUGGUAAACACUAUGAAGCUUUGUCUGUUCAAUACAGGAUGGAAAAUGCUGGUGUGGCACCCGAUAUUGUGACUUAUAAUUGCCUAUUAUUUGGAUUUUGUCGGGAAGGUAGGAUGAGGGAGGCUUUGAGGCUUUUUAAUGAUAUCAAGGGUGCAAAACCUAACCUUGUGACAUAUACCACUUUGGUUGAUGGAUAUUGUCGAGCAAAUGACCUAGAGGAAGCAUUGAGGUUGUGCCAAGUAAUGGAGGCUAAAGGUGUCUAUCCAUCAGUUGUUACUUAUAAUUCGAUUCUACGCAAACUUUGUGAACAAGGGAGGAUACGGGAUGCAAACAAGCUUUUGAAUGAGAUGAGCGAGAAGAAGGUAGAGCCUGAUAAUGUUACUUGCAAUACAUUGAUAAAUGCUUAUUGCAAGAUAGGAGACCUGGAAUCUGCCUUAAAAGUCAGAAACAAGAUGUUAGAGGGUGGGUUGAAGGUUGACCAAUAUACUUUUAAGGCACUUAUACAUGGUUUCUGCAACGCUAAAGAGAUAGAUAAAGCAAAAGAGCUGCUUUUUGAUAUGCUUGAUGCGGGUUAUUCUCCAAGUUUUUGCACUUAUUCUUGGAUUGUAGAUGUUUACUGUCACCUGGAUAAUGAAGAGGCAGUAGCAAGACUGCCAAAUGAGCUUGCAAAGAGAGGUCUAUUUGUUGACAUCUCAGUGUAUCGAGCUCUUAUUAGAAGUCUGUGUAAAAAAGACAGAACUGAAUGGGCUAAAAGAAUUUUUGAUUGUAUGGAAGAGAAGGGAAUGAAGGGAGACAGUCUUGUAUACACUAGCUUGGCAUUUGCCUACUUUAAAGAAGGGAAGAGAAGGGAGACCUCAGAGUUAUUAGAUGAGAUGUACAAGAGGAGGUUAAGUGUAACAUUAAGAAUAUAUAAAUGUUUUAGUGUUUCAAAAGCAAGCAAGAGCAACUUAAUAGAGGUCUUUUGGAAUCACUUGUUGGAAAGAAAGCUAAUCUCAAAGAAUGUUUACAAGCACAUGCAAGACCUAAAUUGACCUCCCAUUGAGCUGAGUGACUUUUGUAUCCUGGCAUUUCAAUGCAGCAUGUCGAAAUUGGACAGGGAUACCCUGUUCUGGGAAAGAAUGACAGGAUAUAAGUAAUGUUGCUCUGUGUUCAUUCAAGCUUUCUAGCUCAACUACCUUCUAUACUGGUGUAGGUAUUGUGUUGAUCAGUGGUUUCUUCUAGGUGACCAAAGCACCAAACUAUAUCAUAACUUGUGGAAGAAAGCCAAGAAACUUUCAAAUGGGGAAUCAAGAUAGUAACAGAUGAUUCAGAAAUAUGCUCUUACAAGUCUUUUACCUAUCAAGGUGUUCAAUAGUGUCUUCAUGACUGUGUUUACAUAUAUGGUCAAGGUGCGAAAGAUACAUACAUAGCUAAACUUGUAAAGAUGUGGGAGUCAAAACAGGAGCAAAGAAAGGGAAAGUUAUAUGGUUUUUCUGCCCAAUAGAUGUAUGCAAUUCCUUAAGGAGUACAAGCCAUUUUGGAAUGAGCUAUUUAUGGCUUCUGGUGAGGGCUAAGGAGUUUCCAACAUUAUUCCUCUGGUAAUUUCUCCUACCUUCUUUGUUCACUUUCCUAGUGAUUUCCCAUGCCUUGCAAGCUAACAAAUUGUAUUUUGGGAAUCAUUGUGAAUGCUUCACUUGUCAAAUUUAUGCACUUUAUGUGUCCAAUGAAUAUAUAUUGGUUGAACAAAAUUAGGCAGUUUUGUUCUAACUACUCCAAUUUGCUUUAUGUGUCUAUUUAACAUUUCCCUUGUUUUUGUUAUUCGUAAGUGAAAAUUCUCUUUCUCUUGGAAGAGAUCUUGUAGAUGUUGUAAUAAGGGCACAUAUCCAAACGAAUCAGUAGGCCCAAUAGCCAUACUGUAGUCAGAACUUUUAUGGUUGGAUGAAGCUAUUGAUUGCUGUAAGCAAAUGAUGUAUAUCAUUAAUCAACCUUGUAUAGGUCUAGCUGUCCAAUCUAUGGACAUGGUGAAUCAAAGUUCAUCGAGACUUUGUUAAGAGCAAUGUUUUUAUUCCCUUUUGGCAAGCCGGGUAUAAUUUUGUCUAAUACUAGGACGCUCCCUGCAAGAACACUCUGUGAAUAUGGAUAGGGUUACAUGGUCCAAAUGUUUUAAAAGAAAUUAUGAAAAUUAUCUUAGUUUUCUCCCCUUUUUGUAUAUUAAGCUAUUGGGAAAUCCAAUGUUGCACGUACUGCAAAAGUGCAAAGGAUAGAAGGAACACUCUUCUAUCUAAAUCAGAUUUGGCCAAGGCUAACUACUAUGUUUCCCAUAUCCUUGAUGUUGGAGAUCUGAGGAUAUUAGAUAUUCUGAUUAGUUUCCUGAUAUCAUUGACAAGAUAAUAGGUUAGUGUAAGCUGUAUGGUUUUUAUAUGUCUUAGUUAGAUUACUUGUACUUUAGAGAAAUCUUGGUAAAACGUAUAGGAUUUCUACUUGGCUUCAGUUCUUAUUCUUUUUUUUUUUUUCCCUUCUUUUCUCAUGGUAUAUUGACAUUGAAGUGACUUUCUUGAUAAAGACCGAAUCAGGUUUAUUGCAAACAAUGCAAUAAUGGCAUCAAUGGGAAGUCAAACUUGUUAUGGUUGGGUUUGUUGAAAAUGUGAAUUUUCUUACCUAGGAGGGUAAUGAUUUUUCGCUGUGUUUGCUUGAGUGCAAGAGUAUAUGAGUUAGAGUUUUACGGACUAUUACUAGAAGAGCGCUUCUUGCUAAUUUAUUGCAAGACAAUAAAAAGCUACCUUCAGAAAAGUAAAAAUUCAAUGUUCUCAUACAAGAUUUUACCAAGAAAAAACUGUAGUUGGUCUUGCACUCUUGCCCUUGACGUUUGUAAUAUACCUUCUAUUUGAAGUGUUUGGAUUUUAUGUUGAUUCUUUAUAUUCUGUUGUCCACAAAUCAUAUUAUAUAUGCUUGUAAUGUUAAUAUCUGUAAUCUUUUCUCUUUCGUAUUUUAAUGAGCAGGCAGUUGGUUAUUUUCUUUAUUGUUUUGCAAUGUGUUCUUUAUAAUCUGUUAUUCUAUUCAUCUCUUGAAAUUAUCUGAAUUUAUAUGUCUAUCUUUCUGAUAUUUCACAACACAACACACCACAUGUACAAUUUUUUUUCCUUUUUACCUGCUUUACUUUCUAAUGGCGGUUAUAGACAGUUAUGUUCUCUCUUGUUAUAUACAAGCAGACAUUUUAUGUCUUACCAUUGAAAUAGCAAACAUUUUCUUAAGUCCAUGUGUAUGCCUAGCUUGUUCUACUGUUUGUUUUGAACAGUGAGUGACCAUUUAGCCCUAAUUUACUGGAUAAAAAGAAGAUUCUGCCCUUGCGUGAUGCUGCAAUAUUAAUAUUAUCUUGAAUGUUGACUAAGAUAUGGGAAGACCUCCAUGUUGUGACAAAGAAGGUGUUAAAAAAGGGAAUAUGGGAUGAAAUGGGCAAGCCUGAAACAACUAGGGAUAAGAUGUUACUUGAGCCUGAACAAGAAUGCAUAGAAUUAUAGAAAUAUACACGAGAAAAGUUGAUGUGGCUAACCGGUCUAGAGCUCAGCUACAACUGGCUAUAUAUUGAUGAUCAAAGGCAGAACUUGCAGCCAUUUAUUCUGCAAUUGGAGAACUACCAUUACAUAUCACAUAUAUAAUAUUUGCUAUGAUUUAUUU